AAGUUAGGGCUGCCUUGGAGGUGGUGAGCGGGAGGCCGGCCCUGUAUUUAGCCAGCCGGGUCUGGGAGCCAGACACAGGGAGGGGAAACAGCCAAGGCCUGUGUCUGCCUAGGGCUGACUCUCCUGUCAGUCCCAACCUCCAGGCUCUGCGUCCUCUUUCUGGAAAGCAUGGACCUGCUUUAAGCGCGCUCUGUCUUCAGCAAAGUCCUAGUGGGGAAGAUGAGAAGAGGAAGGCAGUGUGAGCCUCCGUUUCCCCUUCUCUGACUAGAGGAACUACCCCUCCUUCUGAGGAUGCCCUGAGAGUCUCCUGGGGCUGCAGACAGUGAGUGUGCAGACUGCCAAUCUUCCCCCCGGGGAAGAAGACAGACUCUUUGGUCAGUCUCUGGGAUGUGAGGAGUGAACCCAAUUCUCAAUUCUCCAGGAAGCAUCCAUAAAUCUUCCUCUUGGCUGCCAGAGAGGGUUGGUGGCCCCACGUGUGGGAGGGGUGGAGCGGGUGGCCAUGGGACACACCCUGGGCUUCUUGCCCACCCGCAAGGGUGUUUCCCAGGCCUGCAAGGGGCCCUUGAUUCUCAAUCACGAACCCUAGGAGGGGCCCAGUAGGCCAGGGCAGCCUGGGGGCGUCUGGUUGUCGUGACCCUGCGGUCAGGCCGCGGUUCACACUCUCCCCAGAGACAUGUCCACAGCCUUAACUCUGUCUUCUGAAAGAAGCCGUUGGCCGGUGAAGGACUGCUCACUGGCGCUUCCCUUAGGGCGCCCCCAACUGGGCCAAUCAAAUGCCGAGGACGGGAAGCUCUGGCCAAUUGGCGAAUCGCUCAAUGCCCUGGGAUUGAAAACAAGCCAAUCAGGACGCCGGCUGUUUCUGCCCCGAAGGUCGGUCCAGUAAGGCCGAGGCCAGGGCCAAGUUAGCUCCCGGCCGGCUGCAGCCUGCAUCGGGCAGAGGGCAUCGGGGCGCCCAGGGCCCGGUCCGUCAGGGGAACAAGGGGCCUCUGUGUGGCGAUCUGGGCGGGGCGGCAGUCUCCGGGGAUGCGCACAAGCCCUCCUCUGUUUCCAAACUAGGACGGAUGCCCCUUUACCCAGGGGGAGCAGCUGCCUCUGUCAGGCCCGGGGCCAGGACGCCCCCUCCGAGGACUGAGAUGGCUGAGUGACCCCGGAAGCCCCCCAUAGUUCCCAGGCUCACUAGGAACCGGCCUAACCAGCCUUUUUCUGGAACGCUGUGACAGCCCCAUGGCCCUGGCUGGCCACUGAGCCCCACCAUGGGCAGCCUGUACUCAGAGUACCUAAGCCCCAGCAAAGUCCUGGAACACUAUAAUUACACCAAGGAAACGCUGGACACUCAGGAGACCACCUCCCGCUGGGUGGCGUUGGCCAUCAUCGUCCUCAUCUGCUUCACCAUCGUGGUGGAGAACCUGAUGGUGCUCAUUGCUGUCGCUCGCAACAGCAAGUUCCACUCGGCCAUGUACCUGUUCCUGGGCAACCUAGCCGCCUCGGACCUGCUGACAGGUGUGGCCUUUGUAGCCAAUACCUUGCUCUCAGGCCCCGUCACGCUGGGGCUGACCCCUUUGGAGUGGUUUGCCCGAGAGGGCUCCGCCUUCAUCACGCUUUCCGCCUCCGUCUUCAGCCUCCUGGCCAUCGCCAUUGAGCGGCACGUGGCCAUCGCCAAGGUCAAGCUCUACGGCAGCGACAAGAGCUGCCGCAUGCUGCUGCUCAUCGUGGCCUCGUGGCUCAUCUCGCUUGUUCUCGGAGGCCUGCCCAUCCUGGGCUGGAACUGCCUGGGCCAUCUCGAGGCCUGUUCCACCGUGCUGCCGCUUUAUACCAAGCACUAUGUGCUCUGCGUGGUGACCAUCUUCUCCGUCAUCUUACUGGCCAUCGUCGCUCUGUACGUCCGCAUCUACUGCGUGGUCCGCUCCAGCCACGUCGACGUGACCGGCCCACAGACGCUGGCCCUGCUCAAGACGGUCACCAUCGUGCUGGGUGUCUUCAUCGUCUGCUGGCUGCCUGCCUUUAGCAUCCUGCUCCUGGACUAUGCCUGUCCCGUCCGGUCCUGCCCCGUCCUCUACAAGGCCCACUACUUCUUUGCCUUUGCCACCCUGAACUCGCUGCUCAACCCCGUCAUCUACACGUGGCGCAGCCGGGACCUGCGGCGGGAGGUACUUCGGCCGCUGCAGUGCUGCCGGCGGGCGGCGGGCGUUCAAGGGCGGCGGGGCGGGACCCCGGGCCAUCGCCUCCUGCCUCUCCGCAGCUCCAGCUCGCUAGAGAGGGGCACACACAUGCCCACGUCGCCCACGUUUCUGGAGAGCAACACGAUGGUCUGAGGGGCGAAGUGGGCCACGAGGCCAUGGCAGAGGGCUCCGUGGAGAGACACCGGGUGACCUUGGACAGAGACGUGGGGUUGCCAAGCAAGAUGCCCCCGCUCCACAGACCUGGGUGGUAUUGAAAAUACUUCACGCCAGGGCUGGCCGGCUGAGACACCAGCCAGUUGGAUGGCAGAGCUGCAGGGUCAGAGGCUAGUGCAGUAACUGGUGUGGCCCCUUCAGAACUGGAUCGUGGGGAGGACUGGGGGACCUGGAAGGGGCCUGGGUGACAGCAGGCAAGCACUCAGGGGGAGCUCAGGGCAGGAGCCACUUAUAACCCCUUACAAGGGAUUUCAACAUUUCAUGACCAUCUGACCCUCUGCCCUGUACAGGGCUCCCCUUUCUGAAUCUAGCCCCCUUGUCACCUCCUGGAAACCUUAGGCCACUUCCCCCAGAACCACUGCCCCCAGGGGCCGGAGGCCUCCUCCUUGACCGUCCUGGGUGGCCCCGGCUGACAGUUGCAAAGCCCAAAUCCACAGCUUCCCCAAAUGUCACCAGCUGCCACUUUGGCCUCUUCUUCUUUUCUCCUCUCUCUCUCCAUGACAUGCUGGGAAACCAUGGGGUGGAGAGGGGGGGCUGGAUGCCGUUCUCAGACCUCAUCGGCCAAUUGCACUAUUUGGGGCACAGAGGAAUCACCGAGGGCUGGAAAAACUGGUCUGGGGGAGCUGAGGAGGGCUUUGGGCCUCCUGGUGGGAAAGGGUGGAACUUGAGAAAGUUCUAGGGGAACUGUUUGCACAGGAUUCCCCCCCCCC